GGAAAAGGAGCGAAGAUGGGACCAGACCAGUUUUAUAUCAGGGCUUCCUAUGAACUCCUUUUGGCUCAAAAUGAGGACAGUAUAAAUGACGGAGGGCAUAAUCGUGACAGCAAAGACAGAGAAGACCUACUCAGGGAAACUGCACUUUUGAGCAAUAUGUGGCUGGCUCUUGUUGUUUUUCAACUCACAUCUCGCCUUACAAAAGCUCAACAUGUCUGCAUUGGGAAAUCCACAUUCAGAAGUCCAGCCAACUCUGACAUUGAGGUUUUCUGCGGCUCACAGACGGUGAGCCUCCGAAUCCUUCUGUGUCCCAUCUACUUCCAUGGCUAUAAUGAGUCAUUGGUUUCACUCAACUCUGAGCACUCCAAACACCAAUGUAAAGGCACUCCUGAUUGGACGGCAGACCCACCUGUCGUCAAAUUCAAUUUCUCCAUCACGGAGGAAGCCAUCGCGACAUGUUCAAGCAAGUUGAUAGUCAAUCAGGAAGUGGGAACCGAACUUUUUUCAGACUUCUCAACUGUCCAGUACAUUAACAUAUCAGGCAUGGUCUGCUCGGAGGACCCCAGCACCGGAGCCAUUACCUACCAACAAGAGCUGAUGUACAGGUUCUCAUGCCGCUACCCCCUGCAGUACCUGGUCAACAAUACGCAAAUGAGCGUGUCUGGAACCAGUGUGGCUGUAAAGGACAGUGAUGGAAGUUUCAUCAGCACAUUGAGCAUGCAACUCUAUUCGGACAGCCAAUAUACAUCAAGGCUGCAGAUCCCUCCAGGAGGACUUGAGCUAAAAAGCAGGAUUUUUGUCCAAAUUAAAGCAUCCAACCUCACCAAAAGACUGAAUGUGCUACUGGAUCGAUGUUAUGCUACAGUGACGCCUUCUCCUGAGAAUACAGUAUAUCAUGACCUCUUUGUUGGGUGUCACAACGAUGGCCAGACCAUAAUGGGCAUCAAUGGAGAAGAGCAGCAAGCUCAGUUCUCCUUCGAAGCUUUUCGCUUUGUCCAGCAUAUGAAUGCCACUCUCUCCACCUUCUAUGUGCACUGUGUCACACGCCUCUGCACCAACACCUUUUGCCCCGACCUCAUUCAGAACUGCACUGCCACCAGUAACCUGAGGGGGCGCCGUAGUGUCAAAGAGGACCAGGACGCCACCGUGAGCGAUAUUGCCACUGUGAGCUCAGGCCCCAUUACUACACGUUUAAACGAGGCUUUGGUGGCAGCAGACGAAGGUGUUCGUCAGCCUCAUGUGAACGACACCAUGCUGGCGGUGUCAGUCGCAACAGCCAUCGUUGGAAUUGUCUGCCUUGGUUUGGCUGUGUUUGUUACUUUCCGUACAAACAAGUCAAAAGAGAAUUUUAACGAUACAAACCAAAAGCCGUAAGAGAUUGACACCGUUUUGUUGAUUUAAGUCACAUUAUGACUAAGUUGUACAGUUAACAGUACUUCUGACAUUUAAAAAGAUGUUGAAUGUUCGGGAGUGAAUUUUUCAUUCCCCUCGCACAGC